AGUUUGAGAGUCACCCAUAGCUCCGACAACAUGUCUCAGCCGAUGCCGCCAGAAAACAUAAAUAGCCACAUUCUGACAGUGCUCAGCUUGCCUCUGCUGGAUAAACUGCCGCAACUCGAGCUAUUGUUCGAUCGUUGCACCGUGCGACAAAUAGAGGAAAUCUACCCGCUCAUAGUGCACUCCAUAUUCGGCAUUAAUGGAAAUUCGCUGGGAUGGGGACUUCGGAUCACGACCAUGGAGAAUGCGUCGCAUUAUUUCAACAGACUGCAGCACUUCCUUGGUGUCAACGGCAUUUGGAUGCAUGUCUGCCACCGGCUUUUAAACGAGACAACUAAAUUUGAUAUUGAUAUUAAUUUAUUACCGCGUAAAUUCAUAAGCAUGCUGCAAGCAGGACCCAUGUUUUAUUCGGAUCUGAUAAACAUUGAUCCGCUAAAGCAUCAAGUGAGCACGCUGUCCCUCAACGCGUUCGACUUUUAUAUGUUUCAUUUUGUGCUGUACGCGCUACAACCACUGCACACAGUUAAUCCCAUAGCCAUGCAGAUACACAACGAGCGCGCCAAGACUAUUUAUCAAUUCUUGGCGGCUGAGUACCUCGACAACUUUUUGCCACAGUAUCCGGACGCACGUAUCGAGCCUUCCAAUUUUUCCACCAGUGUCAAAGCACCGCAACAGCUACCAGCGCAGUCAUUACAGCCACAGCGUCAGUUACGUUACCUCAAACUGCCAAGCUCAUACCGGAAUGGAAACGGCGAGACCGGCAGUGUUGCCGGCGGUGGCAACACGUCGCCACAGUCAGCGGACGGCAAUGGUGCUGCUAGUCGCGCCUAUGCCUGGCGUUCCGAGUCCGUGUUGCAUUUCUUUGUAGAUAUAUGGCUGCGAUACGAUAUAGAAUCCGAGCAUCAUCUGCCCAGCAGCGAUUUCGUGCGAGGAGUACGCACGCUCGUCAAGCAAAUACAUUUCUUUGCGAAUGCUGCACGUAUGGAUCACAGUCCGCUCUGUGCGCUGCGCAAGCUGUCGCUUACCAUGGUGAAGGCGCGUAUCUACGCUUUCCUCUGCAGUCUGAUCGAUCGGUGGCCAUUGGACAGCUCUCUGAGUGUUGUUUUGGAACUUUGGCUAAGCUAUAUACAACCCUGGCGCUACACUUUAGGUUCUAACAACAGAACCUUGGGCAUAUAUUAUGAGCCGCCAAUUACGAACCAAUUCGACGGCUUCAUUAUUGACAACCUCAUUGUAUAUACGCACAUCUUCAUGCAACUGCUGCCGCGGUUUGAGCGCCUGGACUACUCAGUUUAUCGCAAUGCAUUCAUGCUGCACCGUCUGGCCAAGACGUUUUCGCAGCAGGAUUUGGUUGAUCGUCUGCAGCGGUUUGAACGGCUGCACUCCGGUAAUGCCUAUGGCUUUGAUUCACCUCAGCGCCAGGUCAAUAUGUUAAACAAAUCACACAACAGCUCUUACAAUGCACAAUGGAACCCAUUGGUCAGCUCCAAUAUACCUAAGCUAUUCAGUGAACAGAUGCACACGAAAAUUCAAAGUUUUUUGUAUGUCAUUAGCAUGGCUCGCAAUUCCGUGCUGACUAAUAAUAUAAGUGCGCUGCGGAAGGAGAUUUUGGAAAGACAACGUUCAGAGGGCUAUCUGAAAAAUAUAUUUAAAAAGUUCAUAGGCGAGGCAACGCAGGACGAGUUAACGCUCCGUGAUCUUAGUCGUAUACCAGAGGUGCUGCGUCAUUGUAUUGAUGCAUUCUGUCGGACUUUUAAUGUAGACCCAGGCACAUUGUCUAUGCAUGAAACACUACCUGUGGAGCCAAGUCCACCGGCUUCACCUUCGUUGCAGAAUUUUAGCUUUUUCGACUCAAAUAAUUGUUUGGACACCUCAAAGCUGACCCCGCAUCAAAUGUCACUGAACGCCUCAAAUAUGCAGCCGACAGUCGAUCCUGCACUGCUGCCCAUCAAGUCAAAUGAGAUUAGGCCUCUAGUUAGACUGUUGCACCUCAUUUCAGAGGCCAUCAACGAUAGAUAUGGCAGGCGAAUAGAAGCUUUUUACGAACGGGAGGACUUUUACGGAAAGCUCUCACGCCAAGUGCUGUACGCGCCCAUGACUGAAAAAUGGUUCGAAAAGAGUGAUGGUAACGUGGACAUUUAUGAGAAGCAACUACCCCCACGUAUCAGUCUGCGUCCGUUGGGAUCUAUACCCUCACUUUGUAUGAUGGCAUUUGCAUUGUGCUUCGGACACUUGUGGUUCGGCGUGGCGAGUGUUGGACUGUUGCUUUUGUGUGCUGUGUUCUUUAUUUACUGCAUGCUGUUGGCAUUGUUAUCAUAACAGCUUCAUGUUGUAGUUAUAAAAAUUAUAUUUGUAUAAAAAUAA